ACAGCACCCCAUUUUGGAAAUGUUUCAAGAUCACACGAUGUCAGCGAAAAUUCCGUCGAAAUGAAUAAUAAAAAACCAAAUCGAAAAUCGAGCGACUGUCACGAAGCGGAGAAACAUCUACAAUUUCACCUGGUCAGCGUAUAAAAAGCGUCGCGCGUCGCAAUCGUACAGCCACAACCCAAUUCGAGUGCCGCCAAGACAGAGCCGCACCGACCAUGACACCGGAAAUGAUGAAACCUCGCAGCCUCUACGCCUACACCAUAGCCCUAAUCUUGGUUUGGCUGGCAGUCCUUCAACUACAUCUCGCUGCUGCCGAGACUGCAACCACCGUGUCCCCAUCUGCACUCUCCACUUCAGCGGCACCAGCGACGUCCUCUCCUAAUGCCAAUCCGCUGACAGAGGCCAAGCACGAGCUGAACUGCAAAGCUCUCUGCGAGCACUGCGGCUGCUUGGGCUUCUACUGUGGCGAAGAGUGCCUCUGUGAGUGCAACGACGAGAACUCGGACACCGAAUGCAUUCGCACCAUGCAGGAGAACGCGAAAACACUGAACACUCCCUUCCAGAUUCUCAUCCAGGGCCCGAGCAGCAACCGCUUCGUCCGCAAUGCACAGCAGUUUGAGCAGCGUCGCGAUCUGGUGGUUAGGAGUGCCACUGGCCCGAAGACCGCUCGCAAUCGCCGAAACACCAUCACCAUCUAUAAGCCAUCCAUGUCGGCGGGCAAGCAUGCAGCCAGCCAGCUGACGGCCAAUGCCCUGGAAGCAGCUUCAAAGGGUGCCAAGAAAUCGGAGCUGGCAAGGCAUAAGCGAUCGGUAGAUAACCUGGAGUGGUUCAACGAUUUCGCCGGCUCUCUGGUGCGCCCUUCUCCUCUGGGCACACGUGGCCAGAAGCCGCGGGUAGCCAAGCCUGCGGCAUUCAAACGCCAAGCCGCUCCGGUGGAGCCUGCUGCAGUUUCACGUCGCGAACCUUGGUUCUUUGAGCAGAGUGGAACGCCCUUCAUACGUCCUGCGCCCCUGCAGAAGCGACAGCAGGCGAAUCGCGACAGCAAAAGGUCCUGGAAAAGCAGGAAGGCUGCGUCCCGCAAGGCCGCUUCCUUUGAAGAGUCGGAGAGAGAAUCUGGACGUGACAUCAGACCGCUGCGAGAUGCAAUGCAAGUGGUGGAGCGUAUUCCCCGGGUCCUCCAGGACACGGUGAGCCAUUUAUCGUCCGACAACAACAGGGACGACGAUGUCUUCAGCCUGAACAUCAUGAACGAUGACGUUGAGCCUAAGGAGCGAGCACCUGUUUAUCGUCGUCCCAGUGGCCGCUCCAUGAGCAGAUUCCGCAACGACAUUAGCCCAGAAGCUGUAACCCUAGCUCCUGCUGUAGGUCUCCCAACGCUCGCCCCGCUUUUGCCUCAGCGUGGCGGCCUUCUUUUCCCUUGGCUGCGGCAGCAACGCUUGAGGCGUCUUCAGCAAGCUCGUGGGAAUCAUUAAAACACAUACACAGCGCGUUUUUUAUUUAAUUUGUUGUAUAUUUUUAAGUAUUCUUCGAACAAUAAAUUUUCAGGCGUUAAAUAUA